UCCAGCUUUUAUUUUAAUUUAUUUAUUUGUGUGUCGAGAAGCUGGCAAUAGCAGAAAGUCAACCACCCCCCACCAGUCAGCCAACUGUUAAAAAAGAAUAAAAAGUAUUUGGAUUUUUUUAACCCCUUUCACUUUCUCCCUUUUAUUACACUUUCUUUUCUUGUCUUGUCUUGUCCUGUUGUCUUGAAUGAGCGGCUCCCCUCCUCUCUUGUCUAAUUUUGAAAUGGAGCCUGUCACACACAGCCGAAUACAAACAAACCGUCGGAUCCACGCAGCCGACGGGACAAUUGACUCACACCACGUUGAUUUACCCGGCCACACAACAAACACCGCCACUAUUUCUUCUUCAGCAACAGAACCGCUGCUUCCAGCCGCAAUGCCACCAGAGCAAACAGAAAAAGCAACGUCGCAGCAAUAUACAGUCAACCUCCUGCUUUUCCGGCGACUCCGGCGUAUCGCCCAUGUCCUGCACCAAUCCGGCGGGCGCAUCGCCCUGCGCUGUCUCCUACUGCUCAGCGCCAAACUUGCCUCCGAGGGUGUUUUUUACUACUCUGGUAAAUUGCCUUCGGAAUUCUACCGUGUCUUGGGCGACCGCGACCGCUCUGCUUUUUUCCCUCUGCUUGUUCGCUGCUUCCUUAUUGUGGCCCUGGCUGGCGCAUGUCAGGCGGCGCUUGCGCUGCUGUCGGGGCUGUUGGGCGUACAUAUGCGCGUGGCACUGACUGCGUACACCCACCGGAGCUACGUGUCUGCCGGGGUGCUUUAUCCUGUGGUAUCGCGCGGGCUCGUGGACAACCCGGAUCAGCGGGUGACCCAGGAUAUCGAGCGACUUACUGGAUCCCUGGCCACCAUACUGCCGGAGCUCCUGAUUGCCCCAUUCCUAAUCGCCUACUACACUGUUAAGUGCUGGGCGAUGUCCGGGGUGAUCGGCCCGUUAUCUAUUUACUUUUACUUUGUUCUCGGAGUUCUUAUCUCCAGAUGCGCUAUGCCCCCUGUUAUCCGCCAGGUUUACUUACUGGAACGCGCCGAGGGUGAUUUCCGCUUUGCGCAUUUGCGCAUGGCGGAGUUUGCUGAAUCCAUUGCGUUUUUCUCUGGCGAAUCUCGCGAACAACAAGCGAUUGACGCAAACCUACACGCAGUGGCCACUGUGCAAAGGCGGCUUUUGGGUAGUCAAUUCUGGUUGUCCAUGGUUACCCAGGUGUUUUCAUAUUUGGGUUCGACGGUUUCCUACUUGAAUGCGUUUGUGUCGCUUUAUCUUAUUUACCGCUUUUCUGUGGUCAUUGAGCAGACAAGGAAGCUGACGGAUGUGGCGGGAUUUACUGCUCGUAUUGUGCAGUUGUGGGAGGAAAUCGAUGGAAUGAAUGAUAACCGGUACGUGCCGCCGCCGAUGCGGACGGAGAAUGGAGAAGAAUACAGCCAAACCCAGCAACAACAACAACAACAGCAACAAGACCAAUUGGUUGCCGACAGCCUGACGGUGUGCACGCCUGGUGGUAUACCGCUUGUCAGGGACUUGAAUCUGGUUAUUCGUCCUGGAGAGUCGCUCAUUAUUACGGGCGCUAAUGGUCUUCCAUACCGCGCCAAUUCCACCGGUACUUCCUCUUCUUUUUCUUCUUCUCCAGCUGUGUUUUUCCUUCCGCAAACACCAUACAUUAUCGCUGGCUCGCUCCGCGCACAGAUCACCUACCCCUGUACUACCACUUUCAGCAGCAGCAGCAGCAGCAAUAGCAACAACAACAACAACAACAACAACAACAACAAUGACAGCAGCAGUGAAUAUUCUAAUACCUGGUGCUCGGACGCCGAUAUCACCCAGUUACUAUCGCUGAUCAACCUGACGCAUAUCAUAGAUACGCUGAAACAGGCAGUUGCUACUGCUGCUGCUGAAAAUAACUACAUGGACAAGUCUAUAUUUGAUUGCGAAUUCCCAGUGCAGUUUUGGCUCAAGGCUUUGUCUCCCGGAGAGCAGCAGAAAAUGUCACUGGGUAGGGUAUUCUGGUGCAAACCAUUGUUUGCUGUUUUAGAUGAGUGUACGAGUUCUUUGGAUAUCCAUGCGGAGGAAGAGGUGUAUCGGUUGUUGGUGGAAAAUGGUGUCACUUUGGUUUCUGUGGGACAUCGAGAGGAGUUGUGGAAGUAUCAUCGGAGGAGAUUGCAUCUUGUGCAUGGAGGUAGAUAUGAACUGAGCGAUAUUUAGAAUUAUAUAAAUAUAAGUGGGUUUUCUAAUUGUUUUUUUUACCUCUUGAUGUUUUUUAUUUGCACAUGUGUGAAUAUAUACGAUGUAUUCGGAAGUAUAUCUAUAUAUCCAUAGUUCAUUUUAAAAAAUGAACACCUAAAAUAAAAUAAAACUACCAUUUGAUGCAACACAUGAG